AUGGCUGGCGACCUUAACCAAGUGGUCCAGCUGCUGGAUGCCACCUUGAAGCCGGCAGAGCGAAGAAAGGCCGAACUCGCACUCAAGGCUGAAGAGAAGCACCAGGGCUUCUCCCUCCUCCUCCUUCAGAUCGUCCACAACGAGUCGUUGCCACAACAGAAUCGUCUCUCGGCCGCCCUAUACUUCAAAAACUUCAUUCGAUUCAACUAUGUGGACGCACAAGGAAAUUACAAGUUGCCCUCAAAUGAGGUGGACACCAUCAAACAAGAGCUGAUUGGCCUGAUGAUUACUUGUCCUCCCGCCAUCCAGACUCAGCUUGGUGAAGCUAUCAGCUUGAUCGCGGAUUCUGACUUCUGGGAGAGAUGGCAAACACUGGUGACAGACCUCGUUUCGCGCUUGACGCCGGACAACGCCAAAGUCAAUAACGGCGUGCUGGAAGUUGCGCAUUCCAUCUUUCAGAGAUGGCGACCGCUUUACAGAUCCGAUGAACUGUUCACCGAGAUCAACCACGUCCUGAAGACCUUUGCGGCCCCUUUUCUUGAGCUUAUGAUCGCUACCGACGGUCAGAUCAAGGCCAAUCAGAACAACAAGGAAGCCCUAAAGGCCUACUUGCUGACAUUCAAUCUCCUCAUCAAGGUUUUCUACGACCUCUCGUGCCAAGACCUACCGCCCCAGUUCGAAGAGUCCCUCGACCGUAUCGCAGCCUUACUUCACGAGUACCUGGUAUAUCAGAACAAUUUGCUCGUGACAGAUGACGAUGACGAGGCUUCCGUUCUGGAAAACGUCAAGGCUGAUAUUUGCGAUGUCUUGCAAUUAUACACGACCAAAUACGAUGACGAGUUUGGCCGAUUUGCGCCCAAGUUCAUUUCAAGCGCAUGGAAUCUGCUGUCUUCUCUCGGCCCCCAACAAAAAUACGACAAUCUUGUUAGCAAGGCCCUGCAGUUCCUGACAGCUAUUGCCAGCCAAGAUUCACACGCUCAGAACUUCAAUGAUGAGGCUGUCUUGAAGCAAAUUGUUGAGGGCGUCGUGCUUCCCAAUGUCGCACUUCGUGAGUCUGAUAUUGAGCAGUUUGAGGAUGAGCCCAUUGAGUUUAUUAGAAGAGAUCUCGAGGGAUCCGACACGGACUCGAGACGACGAGCCGCUACGGAUUUCUUGAAGAAGCUCCAGGAGAAGUUCGAGGCAUUGGUGACUGGAGUGGCCGGAAACUACAUCAACCAUUACUUGGAGCAGGGCAAGACAAACUGGAAAGACAAGGACACUGCUGUCUCACUCUUCUUUUCGAUCGCUGCCAAGGGCGCUGUGACUGCAGCACAAGGUGUCAAGACCAUCAACUCUCUCAUUGAUGUUGUCGACUUCUUCCAGAAGCACAUUGCCGCAGAUCUGAUCAAUGUCGAGUCCGAGCCAAUCUCCAAGGUUGACGCCAUCAAGUUCCUCUACACAUUCCGCAGCCAGCUUACAAAGGAACAAUGGCAAGGUGCAUUCCAGCCACUCAUUCAGAACCUCGGAUCGGACAACUAUGUCGUCUACACGUAUGCUGCUAUUGCAGUCGAACGUGUCUUGUACUUGACUGAUGACGCGGGCAACCAUGUCUUUUCUCGAACCGAUAUUGAGCCAUUCGCCAAGGAUUUAUUGGAUCACCUAUUCAAGCUUGUGGAAAAGGACACUGCACCGGCAAAGAUGCAAGAGAAUGAGUUCUUGAUGCGAUGCAUCAUGCGUGUGCUCAUCGUUAUGAAGGACGGUGUUCUGCCUUUUGCAGACAUGGUCUUGGAUCACCUUAUCAGGAUCACGGCUGUCAUCAAGGAGAACCCAAGCAACCCCAGAUUCUACUACUAUCACUUUGAAGCUCUGGGCGCAUUGGUCAAGAAUGGUUCGCCUGGUGCUAGUGCUCAACUUCAGGAACGCUUGUGGGCUCCCCUCCACACGAUUCUCAUUGAAGAGGUCAACGAAUUCAUUCCCUAUGUCUUCCAGCUCUUCGCCGCGCUUCUGGAGCCAAACCCUUCCGGUGCACUGCCCGACCACUACAAGGCUCUAGUCGGUCCCCUUAUUCUGCCUACGAUCUGGGAGACCCGAGGCAACGUGCCUGGUGCCGCCCGUUUACUGGCUGCCAUUAUUCCCAGAGCCACUGAGUCAAUCAUUGCAGAAAAUCAGCUUGAGCCAAUUCUGGGCAUCUUCCAGAAACUCCUGAGUGGCAAGAAGACCGAGCAGAGCGCCUUCGAGAUUCUUGACGUGAUUGUGGUGUCUAUUCCAAAGCCCGUUCUCGAGAAAUACUUUGUCACAAUUCUGCAAUUGCUGUACACCAAGCUGCAAAACAACCCCUCUGACUCGUAUAAGAGAAACUUUGUUUGCUUCUACCACUUGGUAUCAGCCAAGACUGAAGCUGGUCUGGGAGCUGAUUUCUUUAUCGCGCAAACUGACUCCAUUCAAGCCAACAUCUUCACGCCCAUCUACCUGCAGCAAAUUCUUCCCAUUUCCAAGACCUUGGCCCGUCCGGUGGAUCGCAAGCUGGCUGUUGUGUCGUUUGCCAAAUCACUUGCAGAGAGUCAGGCUUUCGCACAGCGGUACCAGAAGGGGGGUUGGCGCUUUACAUGUGAAGCCAUGUUGACCUUGCUUGCCAAUGCACCCACGUUGGCCACUGGCGGUGGCAACGAGGUGGUGAACGAGGCAGAUGUUGAUGAUAUUGGAUUCGGCAUGGGAUUUACGCCUUUGAACACGUGCAGGCAGCCAACCAGAGACGAGUUCCCUCAGAUCCAGGACGUUCCCCAGUGGGUGAAGCAGUAUCUUACGCAUGCCAACGCUUCACAAAACAAUGUCAUUGCGGGCUACGUACAAGAACGUCUCACGGAUGAGGGUAAGCAAGCGUUGGCAGUGUACAUUAGCUAG